AUGGCCUCCUUGGCCGGAGACGACGGGGAGCACGGGGAGGAUAAUGUUCGGCCCGUCCGGGAAUCGGAGGUAGGGGCGGCUGUUCUACGGAUCCGUUCCAAGAACACCGCCCCUGGGCCAGACGGGGUACCGGCCCGAGUGCUGGCCCUGGCCCUCAACCACAUGGCAGACCGCCUCGGGGAGGUGUUCGACGCUAGCUUGGCGUCGGGACGCUUCCCUGAGUGCUGGAAGAGCGGGAAGCUGGUCCUAUUGAGGAAGCCGGGACGGCCUGCCGAUUCGGUCGCGGCCUAUAGGCCCAUCGUGCUGCUGGACGAGGCGGGCAAAUUGUUUGAGAGGGUUCUUUCUGCCCGCAUCGUCCGGCACCUCUGCGAGGUGGGCCCCGAUCUGUCGGACGCCCAAUUUGGUUUUCGGGCGGGGCGUUCGACGGUCGACGCCGUGUUGCGCCUGAGGGCCGUGACCGAAGAGGCCCUGCAUCAGGGAAGCACUCCACUAUCAUGGGGUGCCAAAGUACCUGAGGCGGCUGGUGGCAGACUAUUUAGAGGAGCGUACCGUCGUGUACGAGGACCGAGAAGGUAA